AGUGUUUUCUCCGCGGUGUGCUGCCCAGAUGUUUCCACUCGGCUAGCUCACGUUAGCUAGCAACAGCAACACACUGGCACACUAGCUUGUCUGUCCCCGUAGCUCAGUGUUGAUAUUCUUCUCAUUCAGCAGCGUUGGUGUAAAACCUGCUUGUUGUUUGUUAGCUAAGGUUUAAUUCGACGGGAAGAGUUGAAGCAGGUCAGGAAGCGACAUCAACGAUAACCGACAAGCUAAUGUCAUCCGACGGUUUUUUUUGUACAUUCAACGCUUGAAGAAGGGCUUGUCUAGCAGGUAGGACUGACCUUCAGGCGGAAAGGUCAAACACUGGGAGGGUGGAGCCCAAUGGAUCAUGGUGGUUGGUGUGAGACAUAGAGCAGCAUAAUGUCGCAACUUCCUGUGGACGGCGUUGACCUCUGCGAUAACCUACCCAACCCUGAGGCUGCCCAAACUCAAAACCUCAACGAAACAAACAUCCUCACACAAAUUCAAAGUCUCUGUCCUUCACAAAUCGCAGAGGGGGGUGGGCGCAGGCUCUUCCAAAAACCCUCUCUCAACAACAAUGGGAAGGAUAAGGAGGAAGAACAGGGGAAUGAGAGAUACACAGGAAGAGGCAGAGCGGAGGAUGAGGAAGAAGACAAUGAUGAAGUGAUGAAAGAAGAAGAAGAAGAGGAGGUAUCAGAGGAAUCGAGCAGUCUAAUUCGCGGCCAGUCUCCAGACACGAUGACUGACUCGUCGUUUUCAGAAACUGGCAGCCUGUUGGAGACUCCAUAUCCUUUCAGCCCUGGGACCAGUGCAGACUCUACAUCCCCUGUCAUCCCAGUUGUCAGUCCAGAAACGGCAUAUCCCAUCAGUCCAGUGGAAUUCAAUCUGAGUGAUUUUAGCGUGGACUCUCUCAGGUCCAGCACUGGAUCCGGUGCCUUCACCACUGCGCCUAUUCACUCUACUAAACUAACUGCGACCUCAGACACCAGUUCCACCAGCCCAACUGGGCCUACAUGUGUCACAGAAACUACAGACAGGAUAGCAGAAAUGUCCACUGCAGAACGUCUUACCUCAUCCACGGAGCCCGUCUUCAACCAUGGGUCUGCCAGUUCAUAUGUAGGACCUGUCCCCUCAACUGCAGAGACAUUUUCAGUAACUGAUAGCACCACUCGGCUCAACACCUCCAUGCCUUCAACUGCAAUGAUUGCAACUACAGGACCCCUAGCUUCCACCACAGGGCCUAUAGCCUCAAACUGGGAACAUAUUGCUUCCAUACCAGUGCUCUCUUGUUUCUCAGUCUCCACCUGCUCAACUGGGACUAUUCCAAGCCCGGCUUUGCUGAAAUAUCUGGAGCAGUUGGCACAAAAAGGAGAUGACGGUCACCUUCCACACUAUCUGCACCAGAUUGCUGAGGCCUUUGUCCUUCAAAAAGACUACCAGGAAGCGUUAUGGUGCAUCCAACUAGAGAGACUCUAUCACCAGAGAAUAUUGGACAACCUGAAUACAAUCCAGGAGCAUUGGGAGAGUCAGUGUAAAAUGACUUCUUCUGACCUGGCAUCCGAACAUCUGGACACUCUUAAACACAUCUGCCAGACACACAGUCGACCAAGUUCAAGAGAUGCUGUGCGUGCAUCUCUGGACUCUUUGAGGCCUACAGUUGAAGAAGGUGCUGCUCUGUUUUCAAGUUUCUCAGCUGAUCAAGUUGACAGAGGGACGGAACAGAGAGACAACGACUCCUUUCCUCAGAGCGGAGAUCCAGUCACCCCCUCCAUUAAUUUGACCGACAGGCUCAGUCUCCCUGAGAUCGUAGAUAAGGACAGUGAAGACCCAGAUAGGGCUUUAGACGGGAGGGAUGGUUUCCAUGGAUCUCAGCUGACUUACGAGCAGGGCAGUGAUAGAGAGAGAGGCGAGGCAGAAGGGGGGUUGGGACACACCAUUCCAGCCAUAGAAAAUGAUCUGCACCCCUCUACAGCUGGAGAAAUGGAUCAGUCCAAACCCGCAGAGCAGCAGGGAGGAGAUUUAGGUCUAGCAGAGGGAAAGGAGGUGAAAAGGGAAGAAGAGGAGAGGAGCGUAGAGGAGGCAGCAGAGGCUUUGGAGAUGGAUGAUGAGGGAGAGGAAGAUGAUAAGGAGAAGCAGAAAAAAAAAGACGUUGCAUUCUAUCAGAGAGCUCUCCCAGUGGAUAACCUGGGCAGCGGGGCUGAGGUGGAGGAAGAACAGCUGCAACAGGAAGUCCCAGCUGAAGAGAGACUACACGAGCAUACCCAGCAGGAGAGCACUAAAACAUGCCUGCACCAGGAGGUCCAUCUCACUCAGGAGGCUCAUGUAAAGCAGCAGGAGCAGCAUGAGGAGGAAGAGGAAGAGGAAGAGGAGUAUGAAGUAGAGCAAGCUGACCUCAUCAGAGAAGCUGCCCCACUGGACGACAUGGCUAAACUCAUCACUGUAGAGGAGAUGUCUCCUGCGUCUGGCCUGGUCUCCAUAUUGAAGAAGAGGCGAGUUUGUGUGGAUAACGUGAGUGUGUCUUCGAGUUCAGAGACCUGGCCUGACAAACCCACUGCCAAAAGACGAGUCCGCUUCAGAGUCCCUGACGAUGAGGAGCAGGACGUUGGCGGUGGAGACUCCUGCCUGCUUCUCUUCCUGCUUUGUUUGGUUACUGUAGUGAUCAGUGUGGGUGGCACCGCCCUGUACUGUGCUCUGGGGGACGCCCACUCCUCAGUGUGUCAUGACUUCUCCAGAAAUGCAGACUUCUACUUUGGCCAGAUCCAGCGGGGGAUCACUCACAUGCAACAUUGGUUUACUCCUGGGUCAUAGCAGCAAACACUUUGCCAGCACCCUGGAGUCACUGGCCUUACUGUUCUUUUUACUGUAGGCUACAGGUAAUGGCUGCUACGGUCCCUGCCACCCUGUGGUAAGUGGCCAUUAUGCCUCCUAACUGACUAUAGGAGUAGAUCAGAUACAGUAAGCAUUAGCUCUCCUCCUUUUUUAUGUUCUGUGAAUCAAAUGCCAAGGUUCACUGAGACUCCAAGUCAUACAUCAGAUAUCCCAUAAGAAAACUAGAUGAAAGGAAAAGCAGAGUAGAAGAGGAGGAACUGACCUACAACCAUCUACACCUUGUCCAGAGUUAAUAGGUAAGAGCUGAGAGUUGUCUCCAUACUUGUGUCCACUGUCAGCCAGAGAUGCUUCAGUUUCAAAAGUCAGUUAAAUCAGCCAAGGCUGAGUACAACCUAACACUGACUCACACUGGACUGCAGAUCUCAGCACAGUCAAGAUCAAAUUGAACAGCUGUAAAAAUAAGAAAUAUAUAUUGUACAGUUUGCUAACUGUGGGGCAAAGGGACUCUCUCUCUCUCUCUCGCCACUGCACAAACAGGUAGUGGCCCAGCAGGCAUUUUACAGACUGCUGCAGCCACUGCUGUUGCUUUUAUUGUUGAUGUUUUUUAGGUCAAAAUGAAAUUUUAACUAAUGAAAUUGUUGUAUUUUAUCCUGUCUUAAACCUUAAGAUGAAUGUUUGGGGCUCAUUGUUAACCUUUGUGUGAUCUUAGGGGCAUUUCUACAGUGUACUGUCACAUAAUAGAUUUAACGGGUUAUUUGGGUGUUUUUCAAACCUGAGCUGCUAAUGGACAACAGGCAUGUCAAGUAGGUCCAUGGGGGAAAGGACAUGAUUGCAUUGCAUUGUAUGUAAUGUUGUGAUGGGCUGAAGAGCUCGAGAUCAGCCCUACAGACAUAAACAAAAAUACUUUCCCCCCUGCGCACAUUGGACAUCUGUACUGUCGCUACCGUUUACUGUGUAAGUACCAACAACACAUUUGCAGUGAGCUGACAUGGCUGCCUCUGGAGACUUAAAAGUCUUAACUGUCCAUUUGUGUUUUUGAGCUAAUUUUAGCUUUGCGUAGCAUAUGCAACAUGCACAGGAACACAGUGCACCUCUGUAUAUAUUUUCAGGAGAAUGUUUAACACGUUGCACAUGAGACUGGUACGAUUUUAAGUAUAUUGCAAUAUUUUAACAGACAUUGUUCUGUUGGUCGUAGACUAAACGUUGAUUUGACAUAAUUUAAUCAGCAAAACAAAAAAUACAUAUCCACAAGAACUGCUUUCAGGUUUACAGUGAAAAGUAAAUAUCAUAUAUCAGUUAUGCACAUUUCAACAAAAAAUACUCAACUCCAUAUGUGGAAUAUCUCAGUAAAAUAUACUGCUGAUGAAUGAGCGAUGUAAAAAUGUUUGUGGGAAUAAUUAUUCAGUGUACUUCAUCAGUACAGCCUUGAUGUUGAUGGAUCAGUCCUGGUCUGUCUGUCUGUAUCUUUGCUGUUUCUGAGAGAGUCUGGGCAUCAUCCUCAAUGUGUAAUUAGUUUUUUUGCAACUCAGAAAGAUUUAUGCCACCACUUGGUCUUUUUAAAGAUUCAUCUUGAUACCAUAUGUCUUAUGUGAUUACAGCGGCCAAAAUGUUGAUCUUAAAAUGUCCUUAGGGAGAAGGAGAAAGUUUGGUCUGGAAAAAGUCUCACUUUCUGGAUUAAGUUUGAGACUUUUGUCCCUGUGAUAUUCCAACAUAUUGAAACAUUUGAUAUCCGGUUCAUUAUUUUUCCCUUAAUUUGCUGUUGUAGUGAAUGCCAUAAAAAGUGCCCUAGAAAAACCACAUAUCUUACAGAGGUCUUAUUUGUUAGUGAGUAAAGUGUCUUAACUAUGCAUUUUGACACAUGAAGAUAGAACAGUCUUUUCUUUCUAUCCCAGUGUGUGACUCACAAAACCCUGAAAACUAAUUUAAGAUAUGAGGUUUUCCCAGGACGUAGUGAAUAGCAGAUUGAAUCUUGCUUUAUUAUUUGCACAUGUCGUCUGGCUGGUUCAGACGACUAUCACUCAAAGAAAACAUCUUAUUUAAUCUUUCAGAUGAUUUUAAUUAUUUAUAAUACUAGAGCUGUCAAGUGUAAGUCGUUAAGAAAAGAAACAUCUUUAGUUUUGGUUUCGCUUGAUUGUUGUCAUCAUACAUCGCAUACUGUAAGUUUUUCUCCUGUCAUUGUUGUUAAGGAGGCUUUCACAAGUUUUUUUGCGAACUUAUGAAUACCCUCCUCCGUGUCACUGUACAAAUAUAUGCAUGUUAUCUUAUUACAUUCAUUUCAAUACUGUGCUUCUGCUGUCAGUUGCGUCCUCUUCACACAGACUGUAAAAGGUUCCUGUUUCUUCCAUCUUAAAAUGCAGGAUAUGUGAUUUGUUUUUACUUAUUGGUUUUUAAUAGAACAUGAUGACAUGAUUUCUGUGUGUGAAUCAGUCACGUGUACCACUGUUAUCAAACUGAUGAAGGGUGUUUACUAUGAAUUCUUUAAUGAAUUUUUUCACCUUUUCCAGUGUUCUUAUAGAUUGUUACCAGGAAAUUCGUUUUUUUUGUCCUGUUGAUGUCUACUGUUAAAGCCAUUGGAGGGAAAAAG